UGUCAACGCUGUCAACCGCUCCGAGGAAUUUGUUUACACUUUUCCGGUUUUAGUUUCGCAGUUUCACGGAUUUCUUUCGUUUCCACACUAAAGUUCGGUCCCAUCUGGCUUGACUGCGAUGGCAAACCGUACGGUUAAAGACGCGAAAAACGUACACGGUACCAAUCCGCAGUAUCUGAUUGAGAAAAUCAUCCGGUCGCGCAUCUACGAUUCCAAGUACUGGAAGGAGCAAUGUUUCGCUCUGACGGCGGAGCUUCUGGUGGACAAAGCGAUGGACAUUCGUUACCUAGGUGGAGUGUUUGGUGGCAACAUUAAGCCGACGCCGUUCCUAUGCCUCACGCUCAAGAUGCUUCAGAUCCAGCCGGAGAAGGACAUUGUGGUGGAGUUCAUCAAAAAUGAAGAAUUCAAGUACGUACGUGCGCUGGGGGCAUUCUAUCUGCGGUUGACUGGGUCUUCGUUAGAUUGCUAUAAGUACCUGGAGCCACUGUACAACGACAACAGAAAGUUGAGAAGGCAAAACCGGAUGGGUCACUAUGAAUUGGUUCACAUGGACGAAUUCAUCGACGAACUGCUGCGGGAGGAACGGUCUUGUGACAUAAUUUUGCCCCGAAUUCAAAAGCGUCAUGUAUUGGAGGAAAACAGCGAACUGGAACCGAAGGUGUCUGCACUGGAUGACGAUUUGGAUGAGGAAAUGCCGAGUGAUGAUGAAAAUCUGGAGGAGAUGGCUGAAGCGUUGAAAGCCAAGGAGAAGGAGAAGAAGUUGGAAACUAUCCGAAUUAGAGACGGUGGAGGAAAACGAGACCGGUCGGAGUCUAGAGAGCGACAACCGGCGGAGAAAGCGAAGGAAUCCAGCAGGGAGCAUAAGGAACGUGGCACAGAUCGACACAGAGAUUAUGACAGGGGCCGGGAGCGGGACUACGAGCGACGAGAACCUCCGGCAGAAUACCGCCACAAGGAACGGGAGACACGAGAGAAAGAUCGAGACCGUCAGAGGCGGCAUGAUCGCGAUCGAAUGGAGGAUCGAGAUCGUGACCGCGACCGACGUUACGUUGAAAAGGAACGGGAGCGAGAUCGCGACAGAGAUCGGGAACGCGAUAGAGAUCGAGACCGAAGGGAACGAGAUUACGAGCGGGACCGCGAUCGGGAUUACGAUCGCGAGUAUGAUCGAAGGAGACGAUAAAUGGUAUGUAUUAUUUUUAAUAUUUUCCUGAUGUGUGUAAUCUGAAUUACAAAAAUGUACAAGGCGAA